UCUGGAAGUUGGGAAGUUGUGAGAGUUGAGCUGCAGCUGUUUCCUCAACAAUGAUUGCUUCAAGUUACAGGGACUGUCAGGCAUGGAGGGCAGAGGGUCUUCACAUGUCCACCAGCAGUAAUGAGGCUUGCAAACUAUACGACGCCAUACUUAAUCAGUAUGUGAGAUGGCGAAGCGAUGAAACAGUGGGAGGAUUUGAAGGAUGCAUUUCUGCUAUCAAGGCAGCAGACCCUAACUUUGUUAUGGGCCAUGUGAUCAGCACAGGGCUGGAGCUGGUGGGAACAGGGAGCUCCACCCGUCUGAAUGAGCGUCUGGCCAGUGAUGUGAGGAGAACAGUGGAGUUGGCUAACAGCCAGGACAUCACCCCAAGAGAGAAGCUUCAUGUUAAAGCUAUGGAGUUCUUCUCACAUGGAAAUUUUCCUAAGGCCUGUGAUGUAUGGGAGGACAUUCUGGUAGAUCAUCCAACUGAUAUCUUGGCCCUCAAGUUUGCCCAUGAUGGCUACUUCUACAUGGGAGCCCAAACCCCAAUGAGGGACUCUGUGGCCAGGGUGCUGCCCUACUGGAAACCACAUACACCUUUGUCCAGCUAUCUGAAAGGAAUGUAUUCCUUUGGUCUCCUGGAGACUCGAUUUUACGACCAGGCUGAGAAAGUGGCCAUGGAGGGUCUUGCUCUGACUCCAGAUGAUGCUUGGGCUGUUCACGCUGUAGCCCAUAUUUAUGAGAUGAAAGCAGAGGUGGACAAAGGCUUGAAGUUCAUGGAGGGCAGAGAGAAAGAUUGGCAGGUAUGUGACGUGUUGGCCAGUCAUAACUACUGGCAUUGGGCGCUAUACUUCAUCGAGAAGGGGCAGUAUGAAGCCGCUCUUCAAGUGUAUGAUUCUCAGGUUUUCAGACGUUGUAAAGCCACAGGAUCCAUGUUGGACACUGUAGAUGCCUGUUCAAUGCUUUACCGACUGGAAAUGGAGGGUGUGUGUGUGAAGAACAGGUGGAGGGAGCUGCUCCAGGUAACUCUGCCUCACACUGAUGAUCAUGUGACCUUAUUUAAUGACCUCCACUUCCUCAUGGUGGCGCUGGGAGCUAAAGAGACCGGGACUUCUCAGCGUCUGCUGGAGGGCCUCCAGGAAUUGGCUAAGGAGCCAGCAGACAAUCAGCAACAUCAGCUGGCUGGGGCUCUAGGCGUGCCGAUGUGUCAGGCCAUGAUGGAAUACAACCAGGGCAACUACAGUCGCAGUGUGGAACUACUGUACCCUUUACGCUAUCGCAUGGUAGGCGUAGGGGGCAGUGAUGCACAGAGGGAUAUCUUCAGUCAACUGCUUAUUCAUGCAGCCAUGAAAUCAGAGAAUAAGCACCACCAGAAACUGGGAAGAUGUCUCCUGGUAGAGCGUGAAGCCGUGAGGCCAAACUCCCCUCUGACUGAUCGUCUGAUGCAGCAAACCCUGGCUCUUCACGACUAGACUGUUUGCAAGGUGCACUGAGCAAUUUCCAUGCACAAAAACAUCAAAGCUUCACCACAACUUCAUGUGCUGCUUUUUGGCUUCGGGAUAUCCCUUUACCAACCAAACUGGUAUAGGAGCUUGGCAGCAUUGUCAAGACAUUUGAAACCAUCUUCAUGCUCUGUUUUGAAUAUAGCAGAAGGCCUUUUAAAUAACAGAUGAUCUGUUUUUAAGUGAAAAAAUGUGCACAUUUUCUCAAAAUCAUGAGCUAAUAUUAACCACAGGUU